AUGACUCUGGAGUCCAUCAUGGCGUGCUGCCUGAGCGAGGAAGCCAAGGAAGCCCGGCGGAUCAACGACGAGAUCGAGCGGCAGCUGCGCCGGGACAAGAGGGACGCUCGCCGGGAGCUGAAGCUGCUGCUGCUGGGCACAGGAGAGAGUGGCAAAAGCACGUUUAUCAAGCAGAUGAGAAUCAUUCAUGGAUCAGGUUACUCUGAUGAAGACAAAAAGGGCUUUACAAAACUAGUGUACCAGAAUAUAUUUACAGCAAUGCAGGCUAUGAUCAGAGCCAUGGAUACCCUCAAAAUCCCAUACAAGUAUGAACAUAACAAGGCUCAUGCACAGUUAGUUCGAGAGGUUGAUGUAGAGAAGGUGUCAACUUUUGAGAACCCUUACGUAGAUGCAAUAAGAAGCUUGUGGAACGACCCUGGAAUUCAGGAGUGUUACGAUAGACGACGGGAGUAUCAGUUGUCAGAUUCAACUAAAUACUAUCUUAAUGACUUGGACCGCAUAGCAGAUUCCACCUAUCUGCCAACUCAGCAAGAUGUUCUCAGAGUUCGAGUCCCAACAACAGGGAUCAUUGAAUAUCCUUUCGACUUACAAAGCGUCAUUUUCAGAAUGGUGGAUGUAGGAGGCCAACGAUCAGAAAGAAGAAAAUGGAUACAUUGCUUUGAAAACGUCACAUCUAUCAUGUUCCUAGUAGCACUUAGUGAAUAUGAUCAAGUGCUUGUGGAGUCAGACAAUGAGAAUCGAAUGGAAGAAAGCAAAGCUCUAUUUAGGACAAUAAUCACAUAUCCAUGGUUCCAGAACUCUUCAGUCAUUCUGUUCUUAAAUAAAAAAGAUCUCUUAGAGGAGAAAAUUAUGUACUCCCAUCUAGUUGAUUAUUUUCCAGAAUAUGAUGGACCACAACGAGAUGCACAAGCAGCACGAGAAUUCAUCCUGAAAAUGUUCGUGGACCUAAAUCCAGACAGUGACAAAAUUAUCUACUCCCACUUCACAUGCGCUACAGACACAGAGAAUAUCCGCUUCGUCUUUGCUGCUGUCAAGGACACAAUCCUACAAUUAAACCUGAAGGAAUACAACCUGGUCUAAC